UACAACGUGCCGGACCCGCCGAGCGACGGCGUGUCCUGCGUGUCCUUCAGUGCGUCGAACCCGGACCUGCUGCUCUGCUCGUCCUGGGACACGACGGUGCGCUGCUACGACCUCGGGCGGCCGGCGUCGCCGCUCGUCGCGAGCCUGCCGCAGCCGAGCGCGUGCCUCGCGGCGUGCUUCGCCGGCGGCGACGACCUCGCCGUCGUCGGCUCGGUCGACGGCGCGGUCCGCGCGGUCCGCGUCGACGGCGGCCGCGGCGGCGGGGCCGGGGCCGCGUUCGGGAGCCACGACGCGGGCGUGCGGUGCCUCCGCUACGACGGCGAGGGCGGCGUCGUCUUCAGCGGGUCCUGGGACCGGACCGUCGGGUGCUGGGACCCGCGGAGCGGCCAGCGCGAGGCGACGGCGCAGGUCCCGGGCAAGGUCUUCGCGCUCGACGUCGCGGCCGGGCCGACGCGCGUCGUCGUCGGCACGAGCGACCGCCACGUGCUCGUCUUCGACGCGCGGCGCCUCGACGCGCCGCUCCAGCGCCGCGAGAGCUCGCUCAAGCACCAGACGCGGUGCCUCCGGUGCUUCCCGGGGGGCGACGGCUUCGCCGUGUCGUCCAUCGAGGGCCGCGUCGCCGUCGAGUACUUCGCCGACGAGGCCCAGGGCCGCAAGUACGCCUUCAAGUGCCACCGCGUCGGCAAGGUCGUCUACCCGGUCAACGCGCUCGCGUUCCACCCGGCCCACGGCACCUUCGCGACCGGCGGCUCCGACGGCUUCGUGAACCUCUGGGACGGCGCGCACAAGAAGCGCCUCUGCCAGCUGCCCCAGUUCCCGACGUCCGUCGCCGCGCUCGCCUUCAACUGCGACGGCUCCAAGCUCGCCGUCGCGUCGAGCUACUGCUUCGAGGAGGGCGAGAAGGACCACCCGAAGGACGAGAUCUACGUCCACGCCGUCCAGCCCCACGAGGUCACGCCCAAGGCC